AUGGUGCUUGCGCUUCCGCGCCACAUCUCCGCGGCCCCUCACCUCCACGUCCCCAUUCGACGCGCUGCCACGUCUCACGCGCCUCGCGUUUCUCGCCAAGUCGUUUCCCCUACGGCCUCUCUCGUCGUAAAGGUUCCCGCAGAUCGCGCUCCCGCUGCAGCCGCCGGAUUUAGCGUUACAGUCGGAUUCGCAGCGUCGCGAGUUUUCGGGUUACCCGAUUCGCGCGCUCUGCUCGCGUCACCGUGCGCGACAGCCGGGAACUGCGCUACAGCUGGAGCAAGCUCGCGCACCGCGGGGCGUGGCGGCGCGUUGGGGGUGAGAAUGGUGCUCACCGAGUCACAACCGCUCGCGUUAGGCACCCGAGCGCCGGAUUUCACGCUGGUGGAGCCUCUGACGGGCAAGACAUGGUCACUUUCCGACUUUGAUGGCCACCCGGCUCUCCUUGUCAUGUUCAUUUGCAAUCACUGCCCAUUCGUGGUUCACAUCAAGUCGCAACUCGUUGCUCUUGGCAACGAGUACAUCUCCAAGCAUGGGCUGGCAGUGGUUGCCAUCUCGUCCAACUCGGCCCUCACCCACCCUCAGGAUGGACCAGAUAAAAUGGCAGAGGAAGCCAAGCAGUUCAGCUUCCCCUUCCCCUACCUCUAUGAUGAGACGCAAGAGGUGGCUAAGGCCUACCAUGCUGCAUGCACACCGGACUUCUUUCUCUUCAAAAAGGACGGCCGCCGCCCCUUUGAGCUCGCAUACCACGGCCAGCUGGACGACUCCCGCCCCAACAACGACCGCCCAGUCACAGGGAAAGACUUGCGUGCAGCACUAGACUGCGUGCUCUCUGCACGACCCGUCCCCAGUGCCCAGAGGCCCAGGUAA